UCGCACCACUGCAGCAACAGAAUGAUGUCACCCAUUCAAAACAAGCCCAGACACACACCGACCGAUUGCUGGACAGGCGAUGCACGGUGUACUCAUCCGACCCACAGGACUGGACAAACUGACGAGCCGGGGACGGUUGAAGACCCACCGCCACACAUCAACGACACAGCUGUAUAUUAUUCGACACGCGCUCUUUGGUGUUUUUGAGCCGUUCCUGUUCCUCCAGUAGUCAUCAUCAGACUACCUGUCAAAACGACAAAAGUGACAGAUUCACGAUCGCUAUCGCUGCAGAUUUCUGGACACGACAAUGACUCUGGAGGAUGAUCUGACAACAGCCGCAGCGAUGGGAAACACGGCAGAUGUGGAGUAUCUCCUGCGGGCAGGAGCUGAAGUUAACGGCGUCAACUGUUUCGGUCGAACCGCUCUACAGGUGAUGAUGAUGGGGAGCACGCCGGUGGCUCAGCUGUUACUGAAGCACGGAGCGGAUCCCAACGUGGCGGACAGAAGCACCGGGACCACCCCGCUGCAUGACGCGGCCAGGACGGGCUUUCUGGACACUGUGCGGUUGUUGGUGCAAUUCCUGGCUGAUCCGAAGACCAAAGACAAAACAAACAAUCGGGCCAUCGAUUUGGCCCGACAGAACGGCCAUUUAGAUGUGGUCGAUUUUUUGCAGUCUAGGUAAAAUACUCCGUGCUAUUUUUGUUGUAAAUGGGGGCUCGGAGAAACGGGCCUGACGAGGACUGCAGCCAAAAUUAUGCAUUAGAAUGUUUUGCUGAAAAACGUUUUCUUUAUUUUUUUUUUUAUUUAUUUGUCAGAUUUUUUUUCUUUUGCUGAUAGGCAUCUUUUUUUUGUUGUUUGAACGAAAUCGGGGUUAGGCUCAGGGUCGUUGUUAUAACAUAUAUAAUAUAAUAUAAUAGCCAGGCUAUUGGGAUACUGAUAUUAUACGGCGACCUUAAUUAACACAAUUUGUUGUAGAUUUAUCUUCCGUGGUAUAAUGGAAAUAUAGGCUAUUGAUUAGCUUAUAAGGGACCCCACUUUAUAUAGUGUACAGUUUUAAUAUAAUGUUUGUUAAGUAGCCUAAAUUGUAUUUUUUAAAUAAAAUUUAAAAUAUUUAACCAAAUUAAUUCAAAAUGUUUUGCACAUUGCACAUUAGUGUCUAACGUAUCCUGUGACCAUUAUCUUUAUUCUGCAGAGACUUCGGGUCCCACUUUCUGUUUGUACAAAUGCUAUUUCCGGACUCGCAUAUAUUAUGCACUUUAAUAAAAUCGAGAUUUUGGCCUAUUUUAAGAUGAACAGAUUAAAAACAGUAAUAAUAUGGUUGUGCUUUACACAUGGUCUAAAUUAGGCUAUGGUACCAGAGAAUAAAAGAACAAUUAAAAACCAAUCAAGCGAUUAUUAUUUACCUGGCAUUUAAAUUCAGUUGGGAGUUUAACAUUGCUGAAUAACUAGUAAGACCGAACGAGCAAUAGGCUAUAACGCCCCAGGGGGAACAUUUCAAACUUUAGGACUUCUCCUUGGAUGAACAGGUUUUGAUGAAUAUUUACAAAGAGAAAUACAGAGCGAAUGUUUUUCCUGACACCGCAAGGUAAAUAUUAGUCCACAGGCUCAUGAUCAGUUAGCUCUGGUCUCAGGUAAACACGCCAGUAAGCUCAAUGCUGAUGCAAUAAUUCAUGGAUUUAUUUUUCAAUGAAAAGUUCUGACGCGAUAUUUUUGUUUUGUUUUGGAAUUGAUAUCCCUAGAAUAUUUGACAGAAGUUAGUUGACUUAAAGCACCACUAAAGUAAACGUGUAUGUACAUUAAAAGUGUUUUGAAGUGUUUACAUGUUUAAAAGUUAUGACUCAUAAAAUAGGCUAUGCUUCUACUUUUGGCGUUAAACAUUAGCCUGGUUUAGUUUGAGCCUGGCUGUGUUUAUGGCUUCAUAAAACCAAAGUGAGGUUUGACAACACACAGAAAGUCCCCAAAACCACUACAGGUAGAAAUCACACGGGGUUGUCUCUUCUGAAACGUCAACGGAUGGGUUCAGUAUAUUUCCUGCCAUGGUAAGCCAUUUUUAUCCCAACAAUAAAUUAUGUUCAUCACAUGUCAAACAGGAGACCGUCUUUACAUUUUUUUUAAUUAGCAUAUUCAAUGAAAUCAUUGGCAAAAUUGCUUCAAGACCGGAAAUUCUGAAUUCAGAGGAAUAUAUAUAAAUACACAAGUGACUUUACCCUUCACAUGUAUUUUUAACUCUUAAUUCUGUAAUGGACAAUAGCCUUUUAAAAAGACAAUCUUUGAAAUUGAACUAAGAUACAUUUUAAAAGUAGUUUUAAGAUUUUAAUGUUUUACUAAACAACUUUAAAGCAUGAUUUCAAAUCUCCAUAGGUUUUAUUGAGCCAAUGUAUGCAGCAUAAUGCAUUCAUGUUUUUCAGACAAGGUAACAUAAAGGAAAUACAAGGUACCAAGUAUUUCUUUUUUAGAUACUGUGCAGCGUGAGGACGUUCAGAUGCAGCAAAUGCAGAUAAGAAAAGGGAAAUGGCAAACAUGAACGGUAACAGAAGGCCCAGCACUUCAACAAAAUGGCCAAUUGUACAAGAUGAUGAAUCUUACAGUGUCAAAGUUUUAAAGUGUGCAAAAUGUCUGUCAUCUCUAAGUGUCAAUAAAUGCAGUCAUAUUCUCAAAAGUACUCCAAAUACGGUCAAUUAGCUGUUUUAAUAACUAGAAAAUAAUUCACGUACAGUGCAGAUCCUAUCCUAUUAUAAUUGAAUGUGGUCAAUUAUAAUUUUAAAAUAAAAUGUGCAUGUGAAAAGCAAAAGAUAAACAUUCCCAGUAUUAAUAACCAGACAUUUUUAGUAGUAUCCAGGUAUUUAAAAGAUUUUACUUGAGUACAUGCAAUAUGUUCAAGACAUCAGAUUCUACUUUAAAAAAGGUUUAGAUUACUUGUAACUAAGGCAGUAACAAAGUACUUAUGUGCUAAACUUGCAAAGCAUUUUUAUUGCAGUAAAUUAACAGCAAUAAAAAAAAUUAAAAAAAAAGUUUACAGGCAAAUAUAUACAUUUUAAAUGUUGACAGAACACACAAAAUAUAAAUGCACAAAAAAAAUAACCUCUAGUUAAUCCUUAGAAGACCUAAAAUCUUUGUUGCCCUUUUGAGAGAGACUGACAGAAAAACUGCUGGAGUGACGAUACUCAUGGCUGUUCCAGAGAAAAACACUUAAAUUUUUCUGAGGAAGGGGGGUGAUGAAGACAGAGCACAUGCAUUAUUGAUGUGAGGCACUUUCUUGUGAUUCACUGAUGACAAAUCCACAAGCAGAGUUGAGUCUGUAGUCGGUGGCGAUACAGGUGGUGUCUGGUUUCCUUUUCUACUUCAUUGUUUUCUGCACGCUUAGUGUUUCGGUAACAUGACUGAAGAUUGGGCCAUUGACUGUAACAGAAGGAACACAAUAGUUUUUCACCCCCCCUGUGUAUGUGUCAAAGACAUACAGCAACAAUAACUACAUUUAGAUUGUGAACGUUGUCUAGUGUUUUAGUCUAGUCUGAGGCCAAAAGUGAAUUACAUUAGAAAGUUGAAGAGAAACUGAGGAGAUAAUGAAUCUGGAGGUUUUAUUAAACGGGUGUGCCGGUUACCAUUACCACAAUUCAGAUAAAUCAUUUUAUUCCAAAGUGUGAACCUUUCCAAUAAACGUAUGUACCUACUUAACUUCCUGCAACCUUAACGUACUUCAAGCAUAUUAAAAAGUAUUGUUGCAAAUGGAUGUACCCAGUGUGAAAACACUUAUGUGAUUGUCUUAAGUGCAAUUAAUUAUGAUACAAAAAUGUGUUAAACAUUUGUAUUAACAUUUGUUAAACAUGUGCACGGUUAAUUAUGCAUUUCAUAUUUUUAUUACCACAUAUAUUGGGUUAAGACGGUAAUACAGUAUUACAGUCAUGGUGUGUUUUCAUGCUUAAAUGUUUUCAAAUUUUUUUUCCAUUAAAAGUUAAAUCAGCUGAGUUGGAUUUUAUAGAAUAAAAAGCUGCAAUACAG